CAGAAUAAAUUUACUUCUCCCAGUCCCCAAGGAACUAAACUCCAACUUAUUCCGUUAGAAAUUGAAGAAAAAGAGAGACUCUAUACAAAGGACUCUUUCUUCCUUUUCUUCUUCUCCUCUUUCAUCUCCAUCUCUAAACCCUAAAUUUCUACACUACAGGUUUGAUUGAUUGUUGUUAGAGAUGGCAUCGAAGUUUGUUCAAUUGCAAAGUAAGGCAUGUCAAGUGACAAAGUUUGUGAGAACACAUGGGUCAGCUUACUACAAGCAGAUGUUGGAGCAGAACAAGAAGUAUGUUCAAGAGCCAGCUACUGUUGAGAAGUGUAAUGAAUUGUCCAAGCAACUGUUCUAUACUCGUCUUGCAAGUAUUCCUGGUCGUACUGAGUCAUUCUGGAAGGAAGUUGGUGCUGUCAAGCAGCUAUGGAAGAACAGGCAAGAGCUGAAGGUUGAGGACGCUGGUAUUGCUGCUCUCUUUGGUCUGGAGUGCUUUGCUUGGUUCUGUGCUGGUGAGAUUGCAGGAAGAGGAUUUACCUUCACUGGUUACCAUGUCUGAUAAACACAAUGUACCACCCAAUGCUUCAACGAGGAGUUUCUCGAUUUUCUUUGGAUGAUUAGGUUGAUAUAUAAAUUCUACUGUAGUUUAAUGGUUAGCAAAACCUAAAUUUACUUGCAAAAUUUUGUUUUUCUGGAAAUGCAAGCUUUUUUCUCUAGCUGACUAGUCAGUAAGACACAUAUGGGAAGCCUUAAUAAUUUGUGGAUUUGACACCACUGUUCGUUCUCUUUUGAAAUGGUUACUUCUGCGAUUCGAGUUUGUAAUUUCCUGUCAUAUUUGACUAAAAUACUGCACAGUUUUUAUAAACAUCACUUGAUGAA